AUGAUUUUUAAUAAAGACCAUAUUUAAGAUUAAUUCUCCUUUGAGCCAAUUAAUUCACAAAAUAUUUAUCAGUCUUAGGAUUGUAAAGCUAUAGCCAUUAAUAAUAGUAACGAUCUAAUUUUAGCUGCAUGUGAUAAAGCUGUGUACCUUUAUUAGUUUUUUUAAGAUUAAAUGAAGCAGUUAUAAGUUGUAACGAUACAUCAGAAAUUAGUCACCACUCUUACUAUAUGUAGGUUGAAAACCAAUUAUUUUUCUACCUCAAAAGAUAAUUCCAUAAAGAUUUCAUCAUUUCAUCUUGCUUCAUCCUCUAAGUAUAUACAACGAUUGCAGGAACAUGAGAAACCAAUAAAUUGUUUAGCAUUACAUCCAAAUCAAGAGAAUAUAUUUGUAUCUGGUUGUGAUGAUGGUGCUAUCAUUUUUUGGAAAAGCAAUAAUAAUCAAUGGCAGAAGUCUUAAAUAAUUAACGAGUAUUAAAAUUCUUACCUUGGAGACAUAUAUGGAUUGUCGAUUAAUCCUUACAGUGAUGAAGUGAUCUCAUGUACUCAUAGAAGAUGGGUAAUUGUGAUAACAAAACAGAACAAUGAUUCUUAUUGGGAAAUUAAAUAAAUUAUAAGUAAUGGAUUUGGAUAUCGCAUCGGCUUUAUUACUAGAGAUAUAUUUGCUUUUCAGUUAAGGUCCUCAUCAUUGUGGAUUUAUAAGCGAUAAUAAGAUGAAUCUUUCUAAAAGCUAAGAGAACUUUCAGUUAAAGGAGCAAAUUAAGCUUGUGAUUAUUACUUUCCAAUAAUUUAUAGGCCUUAAAAAAGGUUUUUUUUGAGUAAAAAUGGUCAUAAUCUAAACUUUAUCAGUGUAAAUAAGAAGGUAGUUAAUUAGGAGAUUUAAAAACAAGCCAAAAACUAAAGUGAAGACGAUUUUGACUUUGAAUUAGUUUAAGCAAUUGAAAUUAAAUAAUAGUAUUGGGGAGAAAUCUAUGGUGUUGUCAGUGAUGAUGGACAAUAUUUGAUAAGUUGGAGUGAUUCUGAGAGGCAGUUCGUGAUUAGAAAGUACAUAGAUAAAUAACUAUUAACUGAAAAUUAUGUCUGA